AUGUGCCCUUCGAGCGAUCACGGUGGUGUACCAGCGAAGUCAUCGGAGUCCCAUGUCUUGUCAUUCAUCUGGUAUGCGGCUAACAAGUCUAGCAUGAGGAAUGUGGCAAGCAGGUUCGACCUUGCAGAGAGCUCUGUGCAUCGUAUGCUGCACAGGGUUGCAGAUUUCAUCAUUGAAAUGGGACCAACUGUCCUUACGUUUCCUGAUAACAUGGACAAGCUCUCUAGGGAUUUUGAGAAGGUGUCUGGGGUACCUGGUGUGGUUGGCUGCAUAGAUGUAUCCUACAUCAAAAUCCAGUGCCCAAAGAAGAAGGUUGCAGCUACAUACUGCAACAGGCAUCACUACCUCUCCAUCACUCUACAAGCAGUCUGUGACAACAGAAGACGCUUUGUUGAUGUACUUGUAGGGAGCUCAAGCAGAACCCACGACGCACGUGUUUUCUGCCAGUCAUCUUUGGCCACUAAGCUUCCAGGCCUGUGUCAGGGUGACAAGUACCAUCUCUUGGGUGACGCAGCCUAUCCUUUGAGACAAUAUCUCCUGACACCCUACAGAGACUAUGGGAACCUCUCAAAAGCCCAAAGGGAGUUCAACAAGAAGUUCUCAGCAACCCGUGUGCUGAUAGAGAAUGCCUUCAGCAGUUUGAAGAAACGCUUCCGUCAACUCAUGUACUUGGAGCUGCACACGGUUGAUUGGCUCAACAAAUUUAUUCUUGCAUGCUGUGUUUUGCACAAUCUUUGCAUAGACGCAGGUGAUACAGUCCCUGACGAGACAGAGGACACUGAGGUGCCUGGCGACACUAACUCGAUCCACAGUGAUGGGGAGGCGAAUUUGACACUGGACACUGAAGAGGCUGCACUGCGCAGACUGGGAGAAAUCAAGAGAGAGAGAGUUGCAGCACAGAUGAGGCAAUGUGAGGCAACAUAGGGAACGAACGGGGAAGGCCCUCUGUGUCCGAGUGUGGGUGCGUCAUUUCACUCCAGGAUAUAAAUGCAUUGAGAAACAGUAGAGGCAUGUCGACCCACCAAGAACUUUCGGACAAAUGCGUGUGUAGGCAGUCAAGUGUGCGCGGGUGUGGUUAUACUGUGCUGCAUCGUGGUUUGCAGAUAGAAAUAUAAAAUUUAGAAAUCCGCAUGGCUAAAGUGCUAGUU